AUGCCCUCUGCUGAACACAACCGUGGACCUGAGCGUCAACAGGUUAUGAUUGCCCAACCUACGAGUGCUACUUCGCCGAGUGUUGAGCAGCACGGAGCAAGGCUGGAAGGGGAAGUGAAUGGACCUGACUAUGCGAGGCCUCAGCUGCCUAAUGGGGUUGAGAGGUCUACGAGGGCAUCCAAUUCACCGGCGGGGAUAGACUCUCUGCCUUAUUCCCCGACCGCCCUUCAUGGCAGCAGGGAAGCAACGGCCUUUUUGGCAGAGGCCUGGCCAGCCCAACCGCAGACCGAAGGGUCAGGGCAAGGAGCGGCACGCAAUAUGGGUGAUGUGCCAGCAGCGCUACGUUGGAUGCAUCGUCUGGGUGAGUUCUUCAGACAGCAUACAGCGAUGGAGACGCUGACUACGGUGACGAGACAGCAAUUUGCGGCUCCCUCGGGAACCGGGUUCAUGAUGCAACAUCAAGUUCAGCAUUCGUCACCUACCACCCCGCACAAUGAGCCUACCGGUGUUGGUGCUGAGAUGUCUGCAGCGACCCUGGAAGGGAAUCCGCCGUUGUUCGGACGGAUGCGAGAAGGGCGAUGGAGGCUUGGCCUUCGCAGGCUCCGCUGUUGCAUGGGCUUCACCGAGCUGGACCGGUCCGUCGUCAAGUUCAGGAUGCCCUUCGAGCACAGCAACAGGGGCUACAAGACCGUGAUCCUCUUACAAGUCGUGGAGUACUUGGGGGUGAUCGGGCUUAUUCUACGCAAGGUGUACAUGCGGAUGCUCGGGCUCCUCUUACAAGUCCUGGAGUACUUGGGGGUGAUCGGGCUUAUGCUACGCAAGGUGUACCUGCGGAUGCUCGGGCUCCUCUUACAAGUCCUGGAGUAUUUGGGGGUGAUCGGGCUUAUGCUACGCAAGGUGUACCUGCGGAUGCUCGGGCUCCUCUUACAAGUCAUGGCGUACCUGGAGAGGAUCGGGCUUAUUCGAGUCAAGGUGUACCUGCGGAUGCUCGGGCUUCUCUUGCAAGUCAUGGCGUACCUGGAGGAGAUCGGGCUUAUUCGAAUCAAGGUGUACCUGCGGAUGCUCGGGCUCCUUUUGCAAGUCAUGGAGUACUUGGGGGUGAUCGGGCUUAUUCUGCGGCCGAGCAACGUGGUGACAACCGCACAAUCAGUGCUUCGGUGCCUGAUGAUGGUCGGGCUCCUCUUACAAGUCGUGGAGUACUUGGAGGUGAUCGGGUCCCUUUCAGCUUUGAAGAGAAGCCGCAAGGUGGUCUGUUGUCGACGAAGCUGGUUGGCGAUAGUGGCCCCGCAGUGUUUGAGCCGUAUGUCCCGAGUGGUCCAUGUCCUGAGCUACGGGGUGAUCUCAGUGGUGUACGUCUGCCUCCAGGAGGUGAAGGAGGCGCCCAAGGCCGUGGAGCAGAAGGUCGUCGUACGUGGUUGGACAGGACCUCGAGGAGUGCUAGUCCGGAGCCACGAGGACGCGGUACCUCGUCCAGCCCGGGUCGGAUGGGACGCAAUGGACCAAUGGCAGCCAAUGUGCGAGGCCGUUUCCUUCGUCGCGGAGCUGGAGGCUUACAGAGCAAAGCCACCGGAGAUAGAGGGCACCUUCGGAGACUACCUGGGUCGGGCAGCGCCCGAGGAAGCCACAGCACGCCAGGCCGCUCCGAGCCCAUUGGACGUACUGAUUACAGGCAUGUCUCAGCUGCAACAAGUGCUGUUGAAGCAAAGGGGCGGUGAUGCAAUGGACUUGGAAGCGAAGGCCGUGGUGGAGCUGUCAAAGCUUCCAGAGUACACUCCGGAGUCUGGGGCAACGGAUUUCCAGGACUACCUGUACCUCACGGAACAACAAGUGGGAAGUUUGGCAUCGGGGGCCACAGAUUGGUGGCAACGAACCCUACAGGUGGCUCAACGGGCCUACAGCGAGUACCAGACGCUUUCGCCAAUGAAGCGCUUGAGCGUGAAGGCAGUGUUGCCAGAUGACCUCAAGGAGGAUCGCUACAAGAAGUUGGAGAGGAAGGUUGCAUCCCUUCUUCUUAACUCCCUCCCGAAGGGAGUUAGGGAUGAGCUCGUGGCCCAUCGAGUUCAAGGGGUCCAUCAGAUCUUGUUCAGGUUGAUGGUGGUCUUCCAACCAGGCGGUGCCCAAGACAGGGCGCAGUUGCUACGCCAGCUGGACGUCAGUGAGUCUAGCCCGGGCCCGGCAGAAGCGGUGUUGGCCAUCAGAAAGUGGUACCGGCUAUUGCAGAGGGCAGCGGACCUCAACAUUGCCUUGCCGGACGAGUCGUUGCAGGUCCGGUCGCUGUCGAACAUCGUGAAGCGCACCGCCGAGAUCCACAGCGACUUCAAGUUCAGAGUGGCUUUGGCGAAGACGGAGCUGCAGAUCGAUUCGAGGCCGAGCCAGCAGAAUGUCAUGAAGUUUCUUCAGCAUUUGCUUGCGGAGUUGGAACAGCUUGGGGCCGGCAAUAAGAAAUCACCGGCACCUGCCGCGACUACGGGGAAUGCUGCUAUGACGCCGUCGGCUGCUACUACGACAACUCCUCCGUCUCUGAAGGGUGUGCAGCCUACUGGGGACGCUGGUGGUGGUGGAAAGGGCAAGCAGAAGGGCGGGGCGCCGAGUGCAAAGCGCCCUUGUCAGUUCUUCAGCUCGGAUCAAGGGUGUCGGAACGGAAAGCAAUGUGGCUUUGUUCAUUCGUGGACCGGCCUGAACCGAGGUGAAAGAUGUUUAUUGUGCGGGUCGAAGCACCACCGGGCCAAGGAGUGCAAUGCUGGAAGCACCGCAUCGCCGGAAAGAGCGGCGCCUCCGCCUCCGCCAAAGAGCUCGGGAGCCACAUCUACUACCCCAUCGGCAGCCUCACCCAUUGCUCCGUCUCUGGCAAAGGCUACUUCGACGACCUCUACUACGACGGCUGCGCCUGCCCAGUCUGAGGCUGCAGGCUCUGGAGGUAACGGCAACAAAAUAGAUGCCACGAAAAUGUCCGAAAUCUUGACUGAGACCAAUAAGAUGUUGAAGGCCUUGGCAGCCCAGUCAAGUGAGUCGGCGACCGCGCCGGCAGACCCGCUUGCACUCAUUCAACAACAGCUGGAUGAAGUGCGGCGCCUGAAGACCAUGAGGGUUCAGGAGCCGGGCCAAGGAGAGGAGGCUGAAGCCUUGUUGGACAGUGGAGCGAGCCACCCAUUCCGACCUCCGAGAACUCAGGAGGAGCUGGACCGCGCACGGCGGGUGAACGUCUCUUUGGCAACUGGAGAAGGGGCGUUGUUGCCCCAAACGGCUGAGGGAACCCUCCUUGCCGAAGGUGAAGACAAUGCCCCGAUCAUCCCGAUGGGACAGCUAGUCCAACUUUUGGGAUGUCAAAUCAAGUGGACUCAGUCAAGGCUCACCGUGCAUCAUCCUGUACAUGGACGUCUACAGGUGCGACUACGGGGGAAUUGUCCGGUCUUGCCAGUGAGCCAGGCCCUGACCCUUAUAGCGGAGCUGGAACAGGCACGGGUGAGGGAGUUUCAACAUACUGUUGAAGGGCUUCAAGCACAGGUUCGUGUGCUGAGGGAGCAAGGAAGAGAGGAGUGGACCUGGCAGCGCCAUCUCCGUGCUUUCUGUGAGGAGGGCAAAAGGACUUCUAUGGCUGGGUUCCUGCAUCGUUGCCCUACCUUCGCCAGUGUGCCCGCGGAGGCGCUGUUGGGGAUUCCAGAGGAUGUUCCGUGCGGUCUCCAAGAUGGAUGGAAGCUGUUAAAGGGAAUGCCGUGGUCGAGAGCGAAGCGCAAGGCUAUGUUCGCUAGCACCUCCUGGACGGUUCACUUGUUUUCUGGAAAUGAGAAGGCAAUGGCUGCCAAGUGUACUUCAACUAUGAGAUCGUCGUUCUGGAGCGUGGCCUUGGAAGGUGAAGAAGUGAUGGUCAAUGUCGAUGUUACAGACAGUCGAGCCUUGGAUCUUACUCGGCGAGAUGGUGUUUUCAAGUUGCUGUGUUGGGCGGCCUUGUCAGGUCGCCUUAAAGCGAUUGUUGGAGGCCCGCCGAGACAAAGCUUCCCGACUCCUGUGCGACCGGACGAAGGCCAUCCGCAGUACCAGAAGGAGACACAGCUGAUCACACGUAUGAUGAUGUUGUGGUAUAUAGCUGAAGAGGGCCGGUGCAAGGCCUGGAGACAGGGAAUGUUGCGAAGAUCUGUGGUGAAGCCCCAUGUUGGUUUCCUGUUGGAGCAUCCUGAUGGGGGAGGCCGUGAUGAUCGCCUGUCUCUCUUUGCUUCUCCUUUGUGGCGGGCUUUCUCUAUGGAUGCCCUGAUGGGAGAGGUGGAGUGUGUGAUGAAUGGCACUCCAACGGUGCUGGGGGGCAACCUUGACCUCUGGCACUUACAAGGAGCGGAGCUUGGAGCAGCCCUUCCCGGUGAUCCCACUGGUUCUAUGUGGCCGUUGGAGCUGGUCGCGAAUGUGACCCUCCUGAUCCACAACAAGAUGAACCAGGGGGUGAAGGUCCCAGGCUAUGCCGCUUUGAUAUAG